AUGGAGCAUUUCAACUGGAGUCAUCUCCUACCGCAGCGCGCACAACUAACAAGUGACCCGGAUAGCUCAGAUCAAAACCAGCGGCGCAUCCCGGAAGAGAAGGGCCCAUUCGGUAAAGCGAGAAAACGCGGAACGUCAAGAGCAAAGACGCCGUUAGGCGCCAACAGUGCAGCAGACGAAGCAAAGUUAAUCAAUGAACGCACAAUUGACGACAUCUUUACCCGCAUCAAGAAAGACGAGGAUAACAAACGAUCGGUAUCUUCGCGCCAGAUUGCCACAAUCCCGUCAUCAGCUUCCGCACCGAACCUCAUAGACGUAAGCAAUGGGCUCAACAACUCGUUCGCACCAGGCGCAUCCACAAACGCAACUUUCGCAUCCGAGCCCAAGGAAGUUAUACUGUACGGCUAUGCGUCUGACGUACAAUGGGCGGCAAUAGCGUACUAUGAGAAGGUGUCGGGCGGAUUCAUCUACGAGGAAUACGACCGUGAGCCACACAACUCCAAAUACGGCAAAGGCUUCACUUCACAACGCGUCUCGUGCUGGUCCCUGAACAAGUCAACACUAAGAAAGGUCAACGAGUACGUGGGUGGAGAUCACUGGAUCAAGGUCACGUUUGACAGUGCAGAGGCGGCGGAGCGCGCAUGCCAUUACACUGGGAAGAAUAUCCAAGGCUACAAGGUGCAUGCAGAGAUGUACAGGGGAACAGGACCACAAGGCGGUGACCGAGUGAUACGUGCAGAAGGAGGAGGAAUGUCGCAGACCACAUCACCCAACACCUUGUCCUCAGGCACCGCAGGACCGCGCGGCGUCUUCGGAACCUCCACCACGGCCUCGUCAGCUACAGUUACGGCUUCUCAACCAACACGAACUGUCACCGAAACACCAGCAUUCUUACGUACGACCGGCGCCUUCCCAAGCCAUGUCGACGAUAUGCCUGUCCAGCCCCAACGCGAACAACACCAAGCCCUUGAUCCCAACACGGUUCCCGCACGUAUGACGACGACAGCGCUAAAUCCCCGGUCCCAACGCGCGACGCUCCGUCUCAAAGGUGCAAAUGUGAAGCCCGUUGUCUUCCUCCCACAAGAAAAAGCUUUCCUACCUGCAAAGCCUCUUUGGCAACAGACGUUUGGCUCGUUGCCCAUCAUCGGCUGGGUAAUUGGGUCCGGACAGGGUAUCAUUGGUGAUCAUGUACCGAGGAAAGAUGACGGAAGCUUUGAUGCGAAUAGUGCAAGUCUGUAUUGGCGAGUAUGGUACAUGGUGGACAACUGCUUUGGAAGCGACUUUUGUGGAGUCCGGGAUGCAGAGUAUGAUGAGUAA